CUCUUUAAUACAAAAAUCAGGAAAAAAACUAGUGUGCAAUGGCGUUGACUUUAAGGGGUUUAGAGGUGUGUUUGGUUGUGGUUUUAUUAUCAAUCUUUGGUGGAAUUCAAGGAGAGGAAGAAUCGGUGAUUACUUUGGAUCACUCCAACUUCACUGAUUUUGUUUCCAAACACGAUUUCAUCUUUGUGGAGUUUUAUGCCCCUGGGUGUGGGUUUUGCAAAACACUUGCUCCAGAGUAUGAGAAGGCUGCAUCUAUACUGAAGAAGAAUGAUCCUCCAAUCACCCUUGCAAAAUUCGACGCUUUUGAAGCUGUAAAUAAGCCCAUUGCUAGGCUUUACAAAGUCAGUGGUUUUCCAACACUUAAAAUUCUCAACAAUGGCGGCAAAAAUGUACAAGAUGAAUAUAAUGGACCGCGAAAAGCCGAUGAUUUAGUCAAAUAUGUUCAGAAACAACUUGGUCCUGCAUCUGUUGAGAUCAAAUCUACUAAUGAUGCUGCUUCUGUCAUUGAUCUAGCCAAGAGUUUCAUUGUAGGGGUGUUCCCUGAAUUUUCAGGGGAAGAAUAUGAAAACUUCACCAAGUUAGCCGAAAAACUACGAAAUGCAUAUGAUUUUGGUCAUACAUUGGACGCUAAAAUCCUUCCGAGGGGCGAUUUAUCGGUUAAAGGACCGUUAAUUAUACUGUUUAAGCCAUUUGAUGAUCUCUUUGCUGAUUUUAAGGAUUUUGAUAUAACUGCCAUGGAGAAGUUCAUUGUAAAAGAAGAUGACCCUUCGGUCACUGUAUUUAACAUGGACGACCCCGGUAAUCCUUACAUUAGUCGAUUCUUCUCCGAUAGAAAUCUAAAUACUAAGGUAACGAUGAUUUUGAACUUCGCAAGCGAUAAUGCUGCCACAUUGAAGUCCAAAUUUUAUGAUAUUGCUCACAUACUCAAAGGUGGCAAAAUAAGCUUCUUAUUGAGUGAUCUUGAGCCUAACAAUGAACGUCUUCUUAAGUUUUUUAAGCUAGAUGGAUCUCUAGUUCCUCUUAUCUAUAUACAAGGAAAUGGUGGCAAAAAAUACCUCAAAGCAAAUGUGGAAGAUGAUCAAGUUGUGCCUUGGUUCAAAAAAUUCAUGGACGGUAAAAUAGAGGAAUUCAUAAAAUCAGAACAUAUUCCUCAAGAAAACAAUGAACCUGUUAAGGUGGUAGUUUUGAAGAACUUGCAGGAUAUGGUAUUCAAUUCUGGAAAGGAAGUUUUGCUAGAGUUCUAUGCACCUUGGUGCGGUCACUGCAAGAAACUUGCUCCAAUUUUGGAUGAAGUAGCUCUCUCGUACCAAAACGAUCCAAAUGUUUUAAUUGCGAAAUUUGAUGCAACGGCAAAUGACGUCCCAAGUGACAAGUUCGGGAAGGUUGCAAGCUACCCAACUAUGUAUUUCAUAUCGUCGAAUAAGGAGAUGAUUAAGUACACCGAAGGUAGAACAAAAGAAGAAAUUAUCAACUUCAUUCAGAAACAUAGGCAUGAUGAUGAGAAAGAAAUGGACGAACCGGUUUCACUUACUGAUGAAUUGUGAACAAAGUUACAAACUUGAAGAAGAUUUUACGUACGGGUGGUUUUAUGUUCCAAAUUACCAAUUUUCGAUCAUGACGAACAUCGAUUAAUCUAAUUUUGUUGAAUUUGUCGUUUGAUACGUUUCGAUCAUGUAUUGGUAAAAGUUUCGUGUUUUCGUGUUUCUUAAUCAUUUUUAAAUACUCUAUGAAAUUAAAACUUGACAUAACUAAA